CGUAAACAAUCUCGCUCUCCCUCGUCAUGACACGGAUGUUUUGAUUGCUGCACCACAGAGUGAAAAGACACGACAGUAAGUCCCCCGGGUGGCGGUGUCGUGCCUCGUCCCCAUCCUCAACCACAACGAUGGACAUUACGUCCCUCUUCAAGGCAUCCGUGAAAACGGUCCGGCUGAAGCUGCCCCCGCAGAGCGUCGCCCCGCUGGACAAGAACCGGAUACUGCAGAAAAAGAAACCGACGCCGGAGGUAUGGGGCAAGGCGAAAACGCUGAAGCAGCAGGUAACGCUGCUGCGCAACUUCCUGAUCGAGAACCGGGCGGCCUACAUGCAGCUGGCGGAGCAUCUGAAGAACUCCGCCCCGCAGAUGACGAACGAGGAGCGCGAUCUGAUCGACCGGGAGACGGAAAGCACGCUGGCGGACGCGGGUACGCUGAUAGCGGGCCUGAGGCACGAGUGUGCCGAGCUGAAGGCGGACCGGCAGGUGAAGGAGUUCCUCGGCCUGGUGGUGGACAGCCUGUUCGAGUACGCGAACGGGAUACGCAGGAUUGCCCAGGAGCAGAAACAGUUCCGCCAGCGGCGCCAGAUGGAAACGAUGCAUUACAUUAAGCUGCAGCCGAAGAUGAAAACCGACCCGUACACGAAACCGCUCGAGGCGGUACCGUCGGAAAGGGAGGCGGUGGCAGCCGCGGCGGUGGUCGCUCCGGCAAGGACCGGGGACAGUUUGGACAGUUCGCGCAGCGCCGAUAAAACGAUGACGCAGACGGUGGAAGACAUGCAGGACAGCAGCAUGUACGAGGAGUACGAAAGUAACGACCUUAGCCCGGAGGACAUACAGAUGUUCGAGUCGGAAAACAUCCAGCUGUACAACGAGCUGAAGGGCCUGUCGGAAGAGGUGGAGCAAAUCCAGCGCAAUGUGGCCGAUAUUACGCAGCUGCAGGAUAUCUUCACCGAGAAGAUAACGCUGCAAAACACGGACAUCGAUCGGAUCGCGACGAACGUAAUAGGCACGACGGAAAACAUGAACGACGCGAACGAACAGAUCAAGCAGGCGAUCCAGCGCAACGCGGGGCUACGGGUGUGGGUACUUUUCUUUUUUAUUGUGAUGUCCUUUACGUUACUGUUUUUGGAUUGGUAUAAUGAUUAAAAAAGGGGGAAAAGACGUAAAAGUAAAUUAUUUAAGGCAAUAAAUGCGGUUAAAGCGA